AUGCACGGCUCUCUUAUUGUACUCAGCUUGUUAGUAUCAACAGUGUUCUCUAUAGACCUUUCUAACAAGGCGUUCAAAGAGUACACUGCUAUUAAGAAUAUUGCAGGUGUUCACAAUAUUGAAAAGACCAAAUCGACACCGCCUUCUACAACUACUCAAAAAUGGUACAUAAAUAUGGUGGAUCCGGAACAAAAGGACCUUCCUAAGGAUAUCGAGGACGUCAAGGGAUGUCCGUCGGGCUCCCAGAUAUGUGGCUUAACUACAGUGAAGCUUCCUGAAGGGGACGACAAAGAGGUAACCACGGAAAUCUUUGCAUUUUCUAGCAAGUUAGUCCCUCAAUUCGAUGAUGAUGACGAACACGAUGAACUCACCGUGAAGUUAAGUGGUGCCAACUGGGGAGAUAAGACACUUGAAGCUGUGCUUAAUCUAAAAUGCUCUCCAGAUAAAAAGGAAGACUCUUUGGAUGUGGUAUUCGAUUACACUACAUUGAAAAUUAACUGGGAAAACAAUGCAUUCUGUAAAGAUGCCUCUGCCGAGAAACCACACGGAAAGCAUCAUAAGGAUGAUCAUAGGCAUGGUAAGGAUCGUUCGUGGGGACUUUUCACGUGGUUCUUCAUCUUGCUUGUCCUCGCGCUGGCUGGAUACAUAAUAGGACAAGCCUGGGUCAACACGAGUCGUGUGGGUAACUCUGGUGAAUUCCUCAACGAAUUGGGAGACGCUACCGUAGAAACUGCUGGUAAAGUUCCCGAAUUCCUCAAACAAGUGGUGUCUAAAGUCACCGGAGGAGGCGAUAGAGGCGGUUAUAGUGCUGUGUAG